UCAGGAUAGCAAAUGAGUGAAUAGACCGUCCUGAACAUCAAAAUGGCUUUUCACAGAGGUCCUCACGUUCGUGAGUUAUUUGUAACCAAAGACGAUAAUAAAAAAGACAAGAAAACGAAAGUAAAAAACACAAAAAAUGUUAAAGAGCCACCGAAAUUCUAUCAAUACACUCCUAAGAUUCUUACUGAAGAUCCAAUGGUCAACGUGCUCAUUCCCCGUGAGGAUCCUGUUACCAGCUUCACAACGUCCCAGCCGUAUAUCAUCGGCGAUAAAGACGUACCGAUUAUUUUACAUCCGAUUUCUCAAGAGGAGGAUAUUCCAGCGGAUUACCAGGAAAAGGAUCGCCCACAGAGAACCAGGGAGACUUCCAAUCCGGUGUUCAAUAAACAGGAGGCUGCUAGGGUAGAGAAGUCUGAAAUGAUAAAUGGUGUUGUCAUCCCUCCCCCGGAUUAUCACGAUGAAACUAUUUACGCCGAGAUACAUGAACGAGUCGACCUCAGUAAACCGCUUCAUAGACACUACGGUGGCGAGGACUUCUCAAAGUUUCUUGACGAGGAUGACGAUUCGAACCAUGGCGGAUUAACGUGGCGCUCAGAGAAACCUCAACCCAGAUCGUCUAUUCCAGCUUUUGAGAAAAAGAGCAAAACUGAAAUCAAACGACCUUCUCGGUAUCAGAAACGCGAAAGCAAAGUCAAAAGUUUGUUCGGUACGUCGAAAUCAAAAACAAACACUGCGAAAAGGCACUCUCAAAUUCGUGAUUUUUCAUUCGCAGAUUCGAAGACAAUCGUCAAAGAUUCAGAGCACGUGAAUCUGUCUCGUAAGAUAUCGUCCAGUAGUGACGGUGGGGACGUUGAUAACUUUAUCAACCCCCUGGGUAAGGAACAAUCGUAUGAAAGUUUUCUAGAAGCCCGUCACGGCUAUUCGGACUUCUCAGGUGAUAGUGCUCCUAUACAUGGUGGAGGGGAAUAUUACGACGGACCACCUUCACCGUUACAAAAGGAAAACAAUUUCUGGAAGAGACUGACCUGGCGAUUUCGACACAAAAACAACAAUAGUUAUUACAUGGCUUAUGAAUGAAAGACAUUCUAUAAUCUUGUUUGUGGGUCAUGCUUUAAGGUUCUUGCUUGAUUUUAUGUGGUCAGAAGGCAUGCUGACGUGUUAUCGAGGUGGAUUGAUACAUCGAAAACAGCUGUGAAAGUAACGGGAAAAGGAAGAGAAGAAACAAUUUGUGCUCUACACUAGUUGAUCACUCUUUACAGGUGUAUCUGUGAAUAACACUAGGCUAGGUAUUAUUACUAUCUAACCGUGAAAACGCUGUGAAAUAACCGAAUAGUUGUCAUUAUUUAUUAACAGGAGAAGUUGAAGGAAAUUUAAUGUCCUUCCUAUCUGGAUAACGUCUAUAUUUACCUCUUCUAUAGAAGUAAGGAUUAAUUAUUCUAUACUGCACUUUUCUUGGUAACAAUGUGAUAUAAAACCUGAUUUCAUUUUGUCUGAUUAUGAAUGUAGUAUUAAUGUCAAAUUGAAUAACACAAUAAUACUUCACUUUAUUGUAACAUUGUGCUAGCCAAGUACUUGGUAGAUACAUAUAUUUCUAAAAUUGAAUAAAAUGUGUUUUUCUGUGAAUCUGUAGAACAUGUUAUUUCUAUCCUGUAUUAUGUUAUCAUUCACAGAAUAAUCAUGUUGUUGUUGUUUUAUCACGUGGGUCAAUAAAUUAUAUUCUAGCACUGU